CUGGCUUUGUUUCUCAGUCUCACCAGUGUUUCCUUCUUUUAUGGUUUGCAGGUUGCUUAUGGAACAACUGAGAAUAGCCCAGUCACCUUCAUGGGUUUCCCUCAAGACAACAUUGCGCAGAAGACAGAGACCGUAGGAUGCAUUUUCCCACACACAGAGGCCAAAAUUGAGGAUCCUAAUACAGGGGAAGUCCUCCCAUUGAACAGCCCAGGAGAACUUCAGGUUCGAGGUUACUGUGUCAUGCUGGGAUAUUGGGCAGACCCCAACAAAACUAGUGAAGUGUUGAAUGAUGAGAAGUGGUACAAGACUGGGGACAUUGCUAUCCUCAAUGAGUAUGGCUACUGCAAGAUUGUAGGUCGCUGCAAAGACAUGAUUAUUCGAGGAGGGGAGAACAUAUAUCCAGCAGAGCUUGAACAAUUUCUACACACCCAUCCUAAAAUUCAAGAAGUACAGGUAGUUGGUGUAAAAGAUGACCGAAUGGGAGAAGAGAUCUGUGCCUCUAUCAGAGUGAAAGCUGGAGAGGAAUGCACGGCAGAAGAAAUCAAGGCAUUUUGCAAAGGAAAGAUUGCUCAUUUCAAGAUUCCUCGAUACAUAGUGUUCGUGAAGGAUUUCCCACUCACUGUCUCAGGCAAGAUUCAGAAAUACAAACUGAGAGAGCGGAUGGAGAAACAUCUUCAACUUUGAACAGGAGGAGGCAGCGUAAGAGAUCUCAAAACGAACAUGCUGUCUGCCAGCUUCUUUUAGUUCCAAACAUUUAAGAUGCUGAGAGGGAUCACCAGCCUGCCUUAAGAAGCAUUAGUCUGCUGAUCACCAAGUCAAGUUUGCUUAAAAUAGUGUGCUUUUUCUAAAAUAAAAAUUUAGAAAAAUAAAAA